GAGCGGGCGGGCCUAGCCGGGCUGCCUUUGUUAACCAGAGAGGGCGCGGCCUCGGGGAUUUUGUGCGGACUUCACUGAGCGGCGUUUGGUUACCAGGUUGGAGUCAAGAUGUCCUACAUUCCAGGCCAGCCGGUCACUGCCGUGGUGCAAAGAGUUGAAAUUCACAAGCUGCGUCAAGGUGAGAACUUAAUACUGGGCUUCAGCAUUGGAGGUGGAAUUGACCAGGAUCCCUCCCAGAAUCCUUUCUCUGAAGAUAAGACGGACAAGGGCAUUUAUGUGACACGAGUAUCCGAGGGAGGCCCUGCUGAAAUUGCUGGGCUGCAGAUUGGAGACAAGAUCAUGCAGGUGAAUGGCUGGGACAUGACCAUGGUCACACACGACCAGGCCCGGAAGCGACUCACCAAGCGCUCAGAGGAGGUGGUGCGCCUGCUGGUGACACGGCAGUCACUGCAGAAGGCAGUGCAGCAGUCCAUGCUGUCCUAGCAGUCCACUGCGGUCCCCGACUCAUGCCUGCCUGCCUCUUUGUACAGUGACAACACUUCCACACUAUGUCUUCCUUGUCCUGGCUUCUGCUGAGUGCUGGGUCCCAGCUCAGAAAAGCAAGAGUUAGUCCCAGAGGCGUGUCCCUGGGGCUUGACUCAGCUUUCCUUCCCUUCUGCCCUGGACACUGAAGAUGGGAACCAGGGGCCUGUAGUCUGUCUGUAGUGACCAUAGGCUCGGCCCCCAGACCCUGCUGCCUGGCCUCAGCAGUGCCAAGGUGAGCAGGGGACCCCACUUCCCAAGAGCUGCACGAAGCUGGAAAAUGCCAGGUGGGGCUGGCUUCAUCCACGUAGUCUGCAGUGCCUGUGCCCCAGGGUUUCCCCGGGUCCCCCGUGGGGGACUUGAUACACUACCAGCAUCUCUGUGGAGCUUCACCUGGAUGGAAGCCAGGCAGGCUCCCAGCUGACGGGAUCGUACCUCCGUUCCUCCAAGGGGCCCUGGCCUCCCUGGCAUUCAUCUGCUCACAGGAUUUAGAUGAGGUUUACGGCUGACAUCUGAGGGCAGCUCCUCAGGAUUGCUAUUUUCCUCUAUGCCUGGGGGUUUAACUUUUCUAUUUUUUUAAUCACAGCUUUGAUACAAACCAUUUUUACCUUACUAGUUGGAGAUGCCAAUUCCACUUCUGAAUUUAGCUUACUAACUCACAUCUGCAAACUCUCGGAGAGUGUACAGGCCUUACUUUGGUGACUGUGUAAAUGGGGCGGUAGGAAGCUGCCCCACACCCAACACUCUGUGCCCAAUAAACAGUGCUGGAAUUCA